AGAGCUUGGUCCCCCUGAUGUUAGGUGUGCUAUGUGCAUGCGUGUGCACGGUGUGCGUGCGUAUCCUGUUCUUGGCUCGUGUCUUACCGUUUCGAACCUCAAAAAUCGUUGGUUUUCGCCGGAAUUUCGGACAGUUCUCUGCACGUGAAAAUAUUCUCGCAUAGUAGUAAGUAGAUUAUCAAAGAGAAUGACGAUGAAUGAUCACAGAGUAUGCCUGGUACUUCUUCUAUCGGUCAGUCUGUUGAUUCUAUUGGGCCACGUAGCCGGCUCUAAAGUAUUACAAAUUCGUGGCAUACCUAACACGAAAAGUUCGUUGUACUCACCGGAACGCGACUUCCAAUGCCUCGACGGAAGCCUGUUGAUACCAUUUACACGCGUCAACGAUGAUUAUUGCGAUUGUGCUGACGGCAGCGAUGAGCCAGGUACGCCCGCCUGCGUCAAUGGCUCCUUUUACUGCGAAAACACCGGUUACAAACCCCGUUAUAUACCCUCUACCUGGGUAAACGACGGGGUUUGCGAUUGCUGCGACGGUAGCGAUGAAUAUGGUUCAAAUAAAGAGUGUCCGAACAAUUGCAACGAACUCGGUAAAGAAGCGAGACUAGAACGCCAGAAAGUGGAGGAGUUAAUCAGAGAGGGGAACAAAAUAAGAGCUGAGAUGAUCACCAAAGGCAAACAACUAAAGAACGAUCAUCAGAGUCGUCUGGUGAAGCUCAGAGCUGAUUACGAAGAAGCUGAGCUUGUGAAGAAGGAGAAAGAACUGCUGAAGAAUCGAGCGGAAGAACAAGAAACUGCUGCUCUGGAAAAAUAUAAAUCAGCUGAACCUGAGCAACCUGCCGCAGAAGAAGGAGAAGAGGAGGAAGAACUGCAUGAAACAGAAGCUGAAGACUACUUUAAACUCUUGGAUUCUGAUAAUAGCAAUACUAUAACAAUCAUGGAACUAAAAACUAGAGUAACAUUUGACAAAGACAGAGAUGGAGUUGUAAGUGAGGAAGAGGCCUUGUAUUUCUUGAAUAACCAGAAAGAAGUCGAUCUUCGAGAAUUUAUAGACUCUGUUUGGGCAAACAUGAAACCCUUCUUAAUGUUGGAGCAAGGUAUGUUCAAACCAGGUGAACAUAACGAGGAAGAAGGGCAGGAACACGCGGAAGAAUUAACGGAGCAGGAUAAAGAAGAAGAAGACGACGGUAACGAACCAGAAGAGGUCGCAGAUGACGAGCAAGGUAAAGUCCAAGAAAGCGUGGUUCAGUACGAUGAAGAAACCCAAGCUGUGGUCGACGAAGCAACGAGUGCUCGAGAGAAUUUUCAGACAGCAGAGAGAUCGGUGAACGAACUGCAAAUGGAAAUAAGGAAGCUCGAAGAGAAAUUAGAUCGCGAUUACGGUGUCGAACAGGAAUUCGCGUCUCUGGAUGGAGAGUGCUUCGAGUACACAGACUUGGAGUACGUGUACACGCUGUGUAUAUUUGGCAAAACAUCGCAAAGAUCUAAAUCCGGUGGCAACGAUAUCACGUUGGGUCAUUGGUACGAUUGGAUCGGACCUGAGGGUCAAAAAUACUCAAAGAUGAAAUACGACAGAGGUCUCACCUGUUGGAACGGUCCUGCGCGUACCACUAUCGUCAAUUUAAGUUGUGGCAAAGAAAAUAAACUAGUCUCAGUGACCGAACCUAACCGAUGCGAGUACGCUAUGGAAUUUUCUACACCUGCUCUGUGCAAUCUUAGCAUAGAGUCUACCGAUGCACAUGACGAAUUGUAAAUCUCGUCGUGCGUAAACACGAGAUAUACAAGGCACUGUGCUACUUCGAAAUAUAAGGCGUAAAAAUUGCAAGGAUGAAUAACGGCUACGUCGAUUCGUCCAGUGUCAGGCAUGUUUUUGCAAACAAACAUUUUGAUGCUUAUAACGAACAAGAUACGUAAAAUAAGUCGAAAAUAUGAACACUCUCAUUUCGAAAUAAUGCGCGUAGUUAUACGUUGCCAGAGUUUCUUCAAAUUUAUCCGAUGUAAUCUCGAUGAUUACGUUUUAUCGUAGCUGUAGCAAUAUUUUGAAAUUACCAGUACAGGUUACGUGUCCUGUCCGUUAUAAUAUUUAAUUUCAAGCAUUCGAAUACUUUUACGAGUCGCCGCUGCACUUCGUUCGAUGAUAAUGCACGAUAAGAAAUGUAGCACGGUAAAUAUUGAUUUAUUUCUGAGAUAAACUUGGGAGAAUUUAUUAACACUUAAUAACGCGCAACGAUUAAUUUAACGAGUUGUCACACUAUUGCGAGUAACGCAAUUUUUGUUUUUAGCGUUCACGAUAAACACAUCCGAUAAAGCCUCGUUGAAUACCUGGUCAUCCUUUGAACGUUACGUAACGAGUUUUAUCGAACGACGUGUCACGAUUAGUUAUUUGUCCUUGCAUUAAAAAUUCCUGGUUGUUUUACUUGAAGUAAAUAAGCGAAUGAAUUUCACCGCCGAUAACACGUUGGCAACAAUUAGUGACGAACUCGUGUUUGCUUCGAACGAUGGAGAAACUUGUUGAAAGACAAUUUAAUAUCCGUGAUGUACGUAAAUGAAAUCGUUGUUACGCCGUCAUUGCCAAUAAUUGUGUCGCCGUUACAUACAUUCCUGAUCUUUUUGUACCAAAUAAAUUUUUUACUAAGCAAUUGGAGGGACACGUUCGGUCUACGUAAUCCACAUCGAAAGUAGACACGAUGCGAACCGAUACGAAUCGUGUCUGGUGAAGCAUUUCUUUGGAAUUCCUAAUUGUCACCUGCGUGUGCACGCACGCCUGUGUGUAACGUAGAGAUAUUAUAUUAAAAACUGUAUCAAUCA